UGUUGGUACCCCGUUCGCCUGCUGUUGUUGUUGUUGUUGUUCGUUUGUUCGUUCAUUCGGUCGCUCGCUCGCGAGAAUUGCGAAUUAAGAAACAUUUGUUAACUGUGGUUAAACGCCGCCAAGCCAAGCCAAGCCAAGCGUUCUGCUAGUCAACCAUUCUUUUCGAUUUUUGUUGUUGCUGUUGUUGAUGAUGUUGUGAUGUGCUUUUUGUUGAUGGUGUUGUUGCUGCUCUUGCCGUCGUUAUAAACAGUGUGUUUUUUUUGUUGCUAUUCCUUGUGUGCUGUCCUUUCGCCUGGACUUUCGCUCACACACAGCUCUGUGCUUUGUGUAUGUGAGUGUGAGUGUGCGAGUGUGUGUGUGUGUGUGUGUGUGCGUAUCACCUGAUGCGGCGUCGCGGUCAAAACGUCAAGAAACAUGACCUAAUUCCAACAAAGAAAAAAGCAGCGUCAGCAUUAGAGUCUUAACUUUAGCCAGGACAUCAACCCACCAAGAAGAAGAAGCAGCAGUAGCAGCAGCAGCACUAGAAGAAGAAGCAGUAGUAGUAGUAGAAGAAGAAGAAGAAUCAGAAGCACUAGAGGAAGCAGCAACAGCACAACAACAUUUGUAGAAACCCCGCAAACCAACAAAAAAACAACAACAAAAAAAAAAAAGAAAACAACAACAACACACACACAGCGCUUGAGAGGUUUCCCGCUGUCCAACAUUAACAGUAAAGUCACCCAGGAAGCAACACAGGAACAGUUACAGGAAACAACACAGGAACAGUCACAGUCACAAUCGCAGUCACAAUCGCAGUCACAGUGACAGCAACGGGAAUAGGAAUAGCAAUAGGAAUAGGAAUAGGAAUAGGAAUACCAACCACUAAGAGGAGCAGUCACCAGUCACUGUCACACAGCCUCCUCGAUGGAACAGCUGUGCUAUGUGGCGCUCAGCUGCCUGCUGGCCAUCGUCCUGCUCUAUGGUCUGCUGGAGCUGCACUAUUUCCUGCGCAUGUGCCUCUGUGUGCUGCUGGCGCGAUUCGUCAAGCGUCGCUGCCACAUUCUGGAGUCCACCACAGUCAAUGGUGUCUGUUUGAGCACCGAUGUGGACACGCUGCUGUAUCACAUGAACAACGCACGCUAUUUUCGUGAAUUGGAUUUCGCCCGCGUCGAUUUCUAUGAGCGCACACAGUUGUAUCGCACCAUCAGGCGACUUGGUGGCUCUGUGUUUCAGGGAGCGGCCACCAUACGCUAUCGUCGCUUCAUUCGUCCCUUUCGCCGCUUCAAGAUCAUCUCCAGGAUUAUCUACUGGGAUGAACAGUCGCUGUUCAUGGAACAUCGCUUUGUGCGACCCUCGGACAAGUUCGUCCACUGCAUUGUCAUCUGUCGACAGCGGGUCAUCGAUGUGGCCAUGGAGGCCGUCAUGGCCGAACUGCUCCCGAAGACAGCAGCAACGCCACUGCAGGCGGCGGCAUCGAGGCACACGCUGAGCUCCACGGCGAGCCUUCAGCCAGUGGGGAUGGGAACGGCGACGGCGACGCCGGCGGCGACGUUGGAGGCAUCGCAGGCGGAGAAUGGACAUGUGACGACGAGCACGACGAAGCUGAAGCCACCGUUGCCCCCGGAGCUGGGCAAAUGGAUUGAGUACAAUGAGAUGUCCAGCAAGAAUCUGCGAAGCGGUUGCUGACCAACAAACUGAUCGAGACGAAAUGAAACAAACAUCGAACUAGGCUGAUGGAAAUUUGAAUUUCGGCAGUUGCAUUGCCUCCAUUUCCGUUUCCGUUUCCAUUUGUUAUGCUAUCUGUAUAUGUAUUUGUGUGUGUGUGUGUGUGUGUGUGUGUGUGUGUGAUAGUAUGUCAACAAUGUAUGUGUGUGUCUGUUUUUUUUUGUGUACUGUGCAAAUGUUGACGCAUGUUAUUACAUGAGUCGAGUGCUUUAACUUUUAGCUCGUAAGACGUCUGAAUUAUCAACUAUGGCCUAGUCCGAUAAGUGCACCCCUCUUCAUCCCCCCCGCCCCCUCUAUCUAUCGCCUAGCCUAGCCUAGCCCAAUCUAUUUGUAUGCCAUGUAAUAUCCAAUAACAAACACCAAUAAUGCAAAGCUACGACGUUCCCCCUUCGUUCCCUUCCCAUAACUUAAAUUACCAUCUAACCAUCUCUAUACUUACGACUAUCGAAUAUAAAUGUAAUACUAUGUAUAUUGAAUGUAUAUGUGUGUGUGCGUUUGUGUGUGUGUGUCUGCUAGUCUAGAGUAAAUACGAUUAUGAAUAUGAAUAUGUGCUUAGAUGAACUACCAACAACUUUA